CUCUUCUUUGGUGCCAUUUUCACGCCUUCCUGCUUCUCCAUCUUUAUGCCUCCUCCACCCCCCUCGGUUUGUGGGAUCUUUGUUGCAUUUUUAUUUCACACUCCACCCCCACCUUCCACCACCUCCCUUCCCCCUGCUUGUGGUGUCCACACCGACCGGAGCGCAGCCUCUCUUCAUGUCACUCACUUUCCCAGAGAACAGACGGCGGCAGCAGCAGCAGCAGGAGGAGGAGGAAGAGGAGGAGGGAGACGGUAAUCCCCCCCCCCUACCCCUUUAUCCACCCCACCCCUCGCCAAAAGCCAGAAGCGGGAGGUAGGAGGGGAACAAAACCUCUCGGGACACCUGUACCGCUCCUGCAACCGAGGAGAUGCUGUCCGAGCGCAAGGAGGUUUAGAUAAAGAAUGUAGAGGAGGAGACAAAACCAAAUCUGCGUCGAUCGAUGGUGACGGAGGCGUCGGCACCACCACCACCACCUCCUCCUCCUCCUCCAGCAGCUUCCGUCAGCCCGCGGAUGGAGACGCGCCGUCAAGGCGGAGGUGGGAUGGUGCUGAUGCUGAUUUAGCACCUGCUGCGGGCUGCUGCCGCAUUGCCUGACCACCGCCAGCGACGCCGUGGAGACGGUGAUGCUGUCGUCGUCAUUGUGUCACAGACGGACAGAGGGAAAGGAGAUGGAGGAGAGCGACCCCCAUCAGCAGGUUGGAUUUACAGCCUGAAGAACUUCCAGAUCCUCCUCCGGUUGAACUCCUAAAGAGGAAUUAGAAGUGAUUCUGCGCAUAAACGUGGCCCAUAUGUUAAUGAUGAUUCCGUGGAGAAUCCCAGCAGCAGCGUGUGUGCCACUUCAGGGUGGAUUACAGAGCAGCAGGCCUCCAGCUGGAGUCAGCUUCUGAUCACAGACAACACUUCUUUGCCCUGUUGCUUCUGGAGCUAAACAUUUUUCUCUUUCUCUUUUGCAAGCUGGAGGGACAGCUGUUGCAGAGCAUGACUCACUUACAGGCUGGCCUCUCUCCAGAGACCCUGGAGAAGGCUAAGGUGGAGCUGAAGGAAAACCCGGACACUUUACACCAGGACAUCCAGGAGGUGCGGGACAUGAUCAUCACCAGGCCGGACAUCGGUUUCCUCAGGACAGAUGACGCCUUUAUCCUUAGGUUUCUCCGGGCGAGGAAAUUCAACCACUUUGAGGCGUUCCGGCUGCUGGCACAGUACUUUGAGUACAGACAACAGAACCUGGACAUGUUCAAGAACUUGAAAGCCACUGACCCAGGCAUUAAGCAGGCUCUAAAAGAUGGUUUUCCCGGCGUUCUCUCCAAUCUAGACAAAUAUGGAAGGAAAAUACUGGUCCUGUUCGCAGCAAACUGGGACCAGAGCAGGUACACGUUUGUGGACAUACUGAGGGCCAUCUUGCUGUCUUUGGAGUCGAUGAUCGAGGAUCCCGAGCUGCAGGUCAACGGCUUCAUCCUCAUCAUCGACUGGAGUAAUUUCACCUUCAAACAGGCGUCCAAGCUGACCCCCAGCAUGCUGCGGCUGGCCAUCGAAGGGCUGCAGGACAGUUUUCCAGCAAGAUUCGGAGGGAUCCACUUUGUGAAUCAGCCCUGGUACAUCCACGCUCUCUACACCGUCAUCCGGCCAUUCCUCAAAGACAAGACCAGGAAGAGAAUUUUCAUGCAUGGAAACAACCUCAACAGCCUUCACCAGCUCAUCAACCCCGAGAUCUUGCCAUCUGAGCUCGGGGGGAUGAUGCCUCCAUACGAUAUGGGGACGUGGGCUCGAACUCUGCUGGACCAUGCUUACGAUGAAGAGACCGAUUACUGUCCGGAAUCCUACACACUGUCUGUGCAGGACCUGGAGAGAGACCUGGAGAAGAAUCUGUCCCCCAAAACCAUGAAGAGGUCUCAGUCAGUGGUGGAACCAGGCGUCCUGAAGAGACCAGACAAAGUGAAAAGUGAUGAAGACAACAUGCAGCCUUUGCUCUCGCUGGACUGAAAUUCUCAGCUUAAAGCGUUCACAAAUCAGUAUUUUCAACACACACAAACCCACAGACUGACCUGCCAGACUCAACAGGCAAACACAUUUCUCCGGCAUUCCCCUGAACUCAAGGCAAAGCCAGGGAUGAGAGGAGCACGUCCUGAGGCUGACAGAGCUGCUGACGGAGUUAUAUACAGUCUAUUUAUUUAUUUAGCUACAUGUCAAGUGCCAAUUUUAGGAAGUGUAACUGAACGUCUUGAAAUGAUCAACACGGAGCAGGGAGGACUUCUAAAGAUCAAGCAAAGCUGUUUCUACGACAAACUUUGAAGGUGCCACACUUGAAGAUGUUUCCUACAGGUGUACAGUCUGUCGUAAGGUGUGUGAAGAAACUGCAAAGAAGGAUUUGGACUACGCCUUUGAAGCAGCAGGUUUUUAUUAUAAUACUCUUUUCUUAUCUUUAUUCACAAAUUCUAGAAAAACUGACGGUUCUGAAUUAGAUGCUUGGCUUUCUUUAACAUCUUUGACAGAUUUUAGUUUAUAGUUGUUUUUCCAUUCUUAAGGAUAAUUCUUUCCCACAAACGAUUAUGCUUAUUAUCUAUUUUUCUUUUCCAGUAUCGCUCCAGUUAUUUCUUGGUGGAGCUAUAGACCUUUUCUCUCUUUUUCUGACCCACAUGUCACAGAACAGAAAGCUUUCCUCUGCUGUUGGAGAUGCUGCAACGCUGCAGGCUUAAUUUGACCAAAAUGUGUAUUUUCUGAAUCUAUCAGGUAAAAAAAGCAAUUUCUGAAGGGCAAAGCGAGUAUUAAAUUGGUUCUUUUUGUUUUUCUUUAAGCUAAUAAUUUUAGAGUUGAAGUUUAAUACACAAUAAUUAUUUUUGAGCACUUAAAAAUAUUUUUAAUGUGUGCAGUUUGCCAUUUGCAAGUAUUUUCUUAAACUUGCAAUUUUUUAAUUUAAAUCAAAGAUGACAAAUAAGGAUUUUUUUAGAAUUAUUAUUAAAGGAGUAAACUUAGUAAGAAAGUUAAAAAAAAAUCAUUUUCACAUUUUAGUUAACCAGCAUGUUAAAUAUUCAUCUUCAAUGUUUGGUAUGACAUCAUUUUUUUGUAUUCUGAGCUAAGAUUAAAAAUAAUUAUCUCACCACAUUUUGACAAACACAAAUCAUAUCCAAAGACUGAAAAAGGAAAAUUGCUUAAAAGAUUUGUCCUCACGGUUUCAUGUUAUGAUUUAAGUUGCAAGUAUUGUAGGUUUAGAUAACAAUCCUGACCCAUUUGCAGAACAAGUCAACGUUUAUUUAUUUUUUUUUUUUUUUUUGAUGAGACUGUAAUUACACUGGUAAGGAAAAAGUAUUUUUACAUCUAAAGUCUCAGAGUGAACAUAAAAAUUUAGUAAAAUCAAACUAACUAAUAAAAGCACCCAGAACACAGGAAAUGAAAUAGAACUAACAAUGCCAAAGUAUAUGUUAGAUUAAAACCCAUCAUUGUACUAACAGAAGAGGAAUAAAGAAAAACUCACAAAUACAUGAAUACAGUGAUGUUAUUUGAUUGGAUUAUCAAGAACAUGUUAAAAGAAAAAAAGCUAUCAGAGCAAAAACGGGUGUUCUGACAAACGAUUAUUCCGACAAAUAGGAGUAAUAACAGCUUAUUUCUCUAUAGAAGUCUGUGAGAUUUACUUCCUGUUUGGAACGCUAGAGGGGAGGGGUGAUUCAGUCUAGUUGUUAUAUGCUGUCAGUGAUUGUGACAUGUUCACUAUUCCUCUCAAUCUUUAGAACUGUGCGAGUGACGAGUUCACUCCAAAUGUUAGUGAGUCAAAACAUAUUGGAAACUUCUACUUUUCACCAUCUUCUGUCAUAUCCAUGCUCGCACCAAAGCAGGGCAGUAACAAAACGAAUAAGUAACACAACUUAUAGGAUCUGUAUGAUGGUUUACAAAGAGGCAGAUGGAUCAAACAUCCUAUUCUGUCCUGUUUGAAGCCUCAUGAUGAAGACAGUUCUCCUAUCAGAUGAUUAUUUCCCCCCAGACUCUUCCAGCAGGAGUCAUUUUUUCACUGGCAUACAUUAUUAUGUUUGCUCUGUGAACAUUCGAACUUGGUCAUCUUGUUCUGCAAAAUCCAAUUCUUCCCUAAUACAAAAGUGUAUGAGGAUAAAUCCAAUGUUUGCUUAAUAAUAGUCACACCAAAAAAACAGAUCUCUUUUCAAGAAAAACUCCUCCAGACCACCUUAAAUACUAUUUUCAAACCCCACAUUUCAAAAUGCAAGUUUCCACUAUCUAACACAUUUAUUUUAUUUGUUAGCAAUACUAAUAUAAAGUAGUAAAGUGACUUUAAACAGUUUAAUUUAUCCUGUGACAGUUUGUGAAUAACUUUUCCUUGAGGUGCCAGUCAGGAUAUAUUGUGUAUAGCGAAGGUAAAAUACUUUAUUCACAGUUUUAUUUGAGAUGGUCCAUAUUUACGUGGAAGAGUUUUAACUAAUUGAUGGUUCAGACAGAAAUGUAUCAUUGAACUAAAUGUAUAUCUUUACUAAUAGGAUUGUCAAGGAACUUUAUGUUUUUAUAGAUGAGGAACUUAACUGAACCACAAUGGAAACUUUGGGUUUAUCUCUUAAUUAAUAGGGCAAAAGGAAAAAAACCCGCAAAACCCCCACCAUUUGUGCAGCCAUGUUUAAAGCUGUUGGUUUUAGAUGUUAAAAUGACAUAUUUCUGUCUUCUGCUUUUCCAUCAAUGUUGUAGUUUUGGCUUAUUUUGGAUGUACUGCAAGUUGAUGGUGGAUGCUGGAUGACUCAGUAAUAUGUAAAUAGGAAGUACUCUGAAUGACAGGCAGCCCCAAGCGUAAAGAAAGGCCUCCAAACAAGUGUUUUCAGGAGCAAGAUUGUUUUUUUUUUAUCCAGUUGGAGACAAAAUCAGUUAUUUAAAGAGACAAACUAGCUGUUUUUUUAUGCUUCACUAGUUUUUUUUUGAAGGAAAAAGCUGUUUUGAUAUUUCCGGUCAUUCGCUGCAGACAUAAAAGGUGCAGAGAUGUGAGAACCAAAGGUUUAGAAGGAAAACUGACUUUGAUGAGUGCAACAGCACUGAGCUGGGCAGGCAAGCAGGCAGCCGAGCAGAUCACAGCAAAGCUGGGAGGCAGGAUGCAUAAAGUGGCCAGCUGCAACCGGAGCAGACAGCUUGAAUGUUGAACUAUCGCACCAGCAUGCACAGCGUGUCAGCACUGCUUAGAGCCGCCACCGCUCUGAUUGUCCCUUCAGUUCACCCUGCAGAGGCGACAAUGACACUGGGUCUCAACUCCCAUUGCAAUCAAUUACCUCCCAACUAAAGGUUAUUUUGAAAUACAUUUUCUGGUGAAAUAUGUAACAAAAUCAAACUUAAUUAUAAAAAAGUGGAUAUUUAUCUAACAAGGAAAUAUUUGCUUUUGGGUCACAUGUUUUUGAUUAGUUAAUUAUUCAUUGGUUAGAUGCAUUCGCUCAAAGCCACGACCCACAUCCAGACAGGUUGAAAUGAAACAUAAUUAUGGGAAAAAGAAAAAAAACAACACCAGAAAACCUAAAACUUAAGAAUUGAAUUAGACAAAAUUGGAUGAAUUAAAACAAAAUAAAAAAGCCCAAAUAGGGAAAAUAUUACAAUACUGGAAAACAGAGAAAAUGUAAGGACUUCUUUUCUUACUGAUUUAAGUUAAAGACCCACUCUGAUGAUCUUGUUGUUUUUUUUACAAGUUCCUGUGGCAUUUUUCUGAUGCUGGAGAAGAAUAAAUUAAAAGAAUAAGCGUAAAACAGCAUUUCUCAGGACUUCUAUGUUUAAAUUUUGAAUCAGGAGCUGACGAGAAAAAUGCUGUUUGAAAAAGAUCGUAUUUGUUAUAUAGAAAAUACGAUCCCCCCAACAGCUCAGAGAUUUACCUUACUGACCUCCUGUCUCCAAGCUUUGUCUCCUAGAAAACAACACCGAUUUUAUUUAUUUUUUACAUUUUGGCUAAAAAUGGCAUAAUCCUAAUUGAAAUAACAUUGGUAAGGCUUUGAAAGUAGAUGAAAAGUUGAUUGGAGAGGCUAAACGAGGGACAGGUGAGGUGAUUACCGAAGACCAGUGGAUACCCUUGUUGAUGUGACAUUUAAAAAAACAGUCAGUGUUACCACAGACAAGUUUGUGAUCCUCCACAUCCACAACUAGUAUUUAACGCAGAAGCUCUACAUUUUCUUCAAUAAACCUCCUGAUUUAUCUUUAACUUGAUUUUUAUUCACUACCACCAAACAAUCGAACACAGAAUGUCUUCAAAAGAGUACGCUGUCAGGUGUUCGUGUCUGUGUUCACGCCAAUCUUCAAUGUGUUUUUUGUAGUAUUAAUACACACACAGUAAUCGAAAAGAGAUGGUAGCUCUUGAAAAGUCAGAAAUGAAAAUCUAAUUCCCACAUGGCCCCCGUAGAUGCUUCCAGUUCUUAGGAUCCAACGUUUACAUGGCACCCUUCCUUCUUCUGCUUGAGUUUUUAUUUCUUUUUAAAGACCUAAUCUCAGUCUGUUGGUGUUUAAACCAAUGAAAUCACUUAAUCUAAAAUUUUAUUAUAUAUAGAACUUAUCUGGUGAUGCUUCACCAAACAUGCACGUUUUUCUUUUAAUCAAAACUGUUAUUUAUCUGUUCAUAAUGCAGGUGCCGGAUGUGUAUUAGUUCGAUGAAGUGUAAACCGAUUUAUCAGUUAAGCAUCCGGUUUUAUUUAUAAUGUUUAGCAUUUUGAAUGUUUUCUAUAAUCUUGUUUUGUUUUUCUUAUAUGGAUCAAUGAUUUGGUGAAUGAAUUCUGAAACCAGCAGCAGAAAAUCCAGUGGUAUGGAUAAAGUUAACAAUCCAGUUUCCUUUUUGAAAAGCCAAAAUGUUUCUGAAAUUGAACGGUGUCAGAGGUUUAUGUCUUUACUGUAGAUAAACACACAUUGUGUAAUGUUAGCAUUUAAUCCCUUUAACACCGGAGAUGUCGUCGGCAACACCUAAAUAGCCCACGCUUUUUGACGUACCGUCACUCUUUGAUGGUUUACAUGACCAACAUCAAUCAGCUGAUUGUGUAGCGUGGAAAAAAUGCGCUGAGGUGUUGCACAUCAGCGCAACAGAAUCAGCUGAUUUACAUUAAUUGCUGAAGUACUUCACUACUGUAAGCUGUUGCAUACAAAGCUGCUUUUCUCCACUUCAGUAUCCACUUGAAUUAUGGUAAUUGCGUAAACGGUUGAAGACUUGGGCUAGUCAAAAGAAUGUCAAUUUAGCAAAAGCUCCAUGAAUACCUCCAUGAAAGCUGACACGGCUUUCAUGGAGGUAAUGAUGCGUUCUUCUUAUAAACUACAAAAUCAAUGUCUGUAAUUCUUCCUUUGAAAAAGACAGUUUGGUAUAAUACAAGCUAAUCUUACUAAUAAUUUAAUAAGCCUUGGUCACAACUGCACUCACGGGGCUAUACAGGCUGACCGAGGGGAAGAAAUGGGAAAUCCAGUAGUAGUGAACACUUAUCAAAUGUGGAAAGAUAAAGAAUGCGUUGAGCAGGUGAGACAGAGGUGUGUCCUAUGGAUUUUUCAUUUUUUUAGCCACCACCUCCAAGCCCGACAGUGCUGUUCACGUGAUAAGCAGCCCUCCUUGCUGCAGCCUGUUAGAAAUGAGGAAACUAGACAAUCAGUGUGUAGUUUUUGUAAACAUCCUAUGGGAGUCCUACGGGCACUUGUGUAUCAGUGUGCGCGCACGAUUUGUGUCAUAAGUGUGUGGAACUUACAUUAUCCUAACAAAUACUUCAUGAUAAACCUACCGCAUGCACGACAAUGGUACAGUCCAUUUUCAGGAUGUCCGUUAACGGUGGCGCACAAGACUCGAUGGAACUGCAAGACACACCUGUCGCUCCUGUACAUCCCUCUACAGGCCUGUAUACUCCAAAACCGGGACAACCUCCCGCACGGGUGCAUGUGAUUGAGGCUUUACACUGGCACAAAACAGAAAAAUGUAAACAUUAUGUUUCUUGUCAGAGUGUGUACACAAAAUAAUGUACAAGAGGUACAUGAUAGUUUACAACUACACAUGAAGAUACAACAACAAAUAACACUGAUCAGGGAUCGAUGUCCAUCCAGAACCAACAUUUGCAUCACGUCUUUUAUUUCCUCCAAGGUUUAAGGUGUGAUUUGCUUCAGAAUUGAUUGUGAAAUUGCAGUUUUCAUCAUUUCUGCUACAUUUUUUAACAUUCAGUUACUGACUUUUUUCCAGUUUAGAGCUAAAUAAUUCUCCCUGUGUGAUAAACAGGAGGACGUCACAAAACAAUCCCACUGUAGAAACUGGAUAUCCAUAUAAUCUCAUUCAAACAUUUGGAAAAAUGUAUACCAAGUGUGUUAUUUACUAACAACAUUGGUCAAUUAAUUCACACAAAGAAGAUCUCUGAAAAAUAAUGUGAUUUUGUUUUUUUUAGCCAUGAAUUUGUUUCCAGGGACUUUUCCAGACUUGAAUGUUUCUUUAGUUUUGAAUGAAACACAAGAAUUUUCUUUGUAACAAGGUGAUGUUUGACCUAGAAAGUUGAUUUCUCACUGACCUUAAUGCUAUUGUUAUCUCAGCCAAAGCCACUUAUUCCACGGAAAUGCAAUGUGUUGUUCCCUAAAAAUCCAGCAUUUCUUCUCUAAAGACACUGAAUGACCUUUUUCUUUAACCGCUAAAGAUUUUCUGACAAAUAAAUGUGAUAAUUUCAUUUUCAUAUCACUGUUCUUUGAUUGUAUAGUAGAUAUAGGAGCUGUAGAAAAACCAAACUGAAGCUGAAUUGUGAAGUUAAUAUGGUAAGGCAGUAUUCAAUAUGAAGAAACCUGUUCAGUUAGCAGAUGAAAAAUGUAUAAAUGUUCUCUAAGAAAAUUUGCUGAGAUGUAAAAUGAUAAAAAAUAAAUAUGGACACAACCAUUUCCAACAUUGGUAUUUG